UUAUACCAAUAGGGAGGUAACACGUACAUAGAUGUAUACAUGUGAACUGUCGGCAUCUAUUUCUUUAUAAAUUAAACAUUUUAUUAGUGUUUUAAAAAUGAGAAAACAUACUAUUUGUUUCUCAUUUGUAAUAAUUCUAUUUUGGACCAAUUCUGUGAAAGCUAAAGGUACACAGCAUGUGACAUGUGGUUCUACUUUAAAAUUAAUGAAUGUGGAUUAUAAAGUAAGAUUACAUUCUCAUGACAUAAAAUAUGGAAGUGGAAGUGGUCAACAAUCAGUAACAGGAACCACAGCAAAAGAAGAUGGAAAUUCUUAUUGGCUUGUGAAAGCAGGAACAAAGAAACAAUGUACUAGAGGGACACCAAUCAAGUGUGGAGAUACUAUAAGAUUAGAACAUAUAGCAACGAAAAAGAAUCUUCAUUCUCAUCGUGUUAGUUCACCACUUAGUGGAAAACAAGAGAUAUCUGCUUAUGGUGACAACAAGGGAGAAGGAGAUAAUGGUGACAAUUGGCUUUUAGUAUGUCAAACUGAAUUUUGGAAAAGAGAUGAAUCUGUUAUGUUAAAUCAUGUAGACACAGAUACGUAUUUAGCAGUGAGUGGAAGAGUUUAUGGUAAUCCUAUUACUGGCCAGAUUGAAGUAAUAGGUGAAUAUUCUGCUUGGUCUCCUCACAUUGAAUGGGUAACAACAGAAGGAGUAUUUAUUCAUCCUAAUGACUUUAAAGCACAACACCAUGUACAUACCGAAUUAUAAAAUGAAUUCUUUAGUUAAAUACAGAAUUUUUCAUGGUAAUAGUCUUACAAAUAUAAUUUAUCAUAAACUGAAAUUAUGUAAAAACAUCAGUAUCUGAUUAUUCCAUAUUUCUGUAAAGAAAGAUUUUUCUACAAAGUAAUUUAUAUACUCUUAUA